CCAAUGAACGGAUUGGAGGGAUGCGGAAAGGCAUGCGGGGCAAUCUGCGCGCAUAUAGUGAGUUGUUGAAGCAUUGCCAAGAUGCAGACGCCCUUACGGACCUACCACAUCGUACAUUCGUAGCGCCAAACGCUGGGAAUGACCAUUCGACACCAAUGAAUGACCCCCGGUGAUGGCAGCUAUGGGCAAGCGGUCAAGGCGAAAGCGCUUCGGCCCCACGGGGUUCGAAGAAUUUGGAGGCUACAUGAACGCGAAAAUUCAGAAGCUGGAGAACCAGUUUCUCAACAGUGCUCAAAACGAAAUCGACUCCAGUCAAGAGGAUCAGUCGUCAACGAUAUUCAAGGGAAUCAGCGUGUUCGUCAAUGGAUACACAAAUCCCACUGCGGAAGAAAUCAGGCGGAUAAUGAUGCUUCACGGUGGCACCUAUCAGCACUAUUACAAGCGUAAACCCAAUUGUUACAUGAUCGCAACAAACCUUCCACCGGCGAAACUAUUAGACCUGAGGGACUACGUUGUCAAGCCAAAUUGGAUCUCUGACAGUGUUCAAGCUGGGAAGCUACUGCCUGUUCAGGACUACCUUCUGUACACUCCAGAUUUGAAAAACGGCCAGCAGAAGCUAAGUGUGGUGAGGUGUGACAAGCCAUCAACAUCAGCUGCCCCGUCACCAAGUUCCACGAGUCAAAACAACGACCAGGACAGCUGGCUAUCAUCCGAAAACAGUCACGACGAAGAUGAACACACGGGAUGUCACACCGAGAACAGUGUUCAUCACACCGAGAACAGUGGUCAGCACACCGAGAACAGUGUUCACCAGGAAUCAAAGAAGGAUAACGUUGAGCCACGUAAAGCGGGGGAUCCCGGAUUCCUCGAACAGUUUUAUGGGAGGUCACGGCUGCAUCACAUAUCGACGGCGAGCAUCAAGCUCAGAGACUACGUUGCCCAGAAGAGAGCCGUUAGCAGUGGUGCAUUUGAGGGCAUCGAAAAGUUGAAACACUAUUUGGCUUCGAAAAGCUCGCGAGAGCAAGUGCCCAUUGGUGAAGAAAAAGUGAUCAUGCAUAUUGACAUGGACUGUUUUUUUGUUUCUGUUGGCCUGCGUACAAGGCCUCACCUAAAAGGAAAACCAGUAGCUGUUUGCCAUGGAAAAACAUCUCUCGCUUCCAUAAGCUCUGUGUCACUGAACUCUCAAACAGAGCGUAGUGACCUAACAUCUUGUUCAGAAGUAGCGAGCUGUAGUUACGAAGCAAGAAAGGCCGGUGUCAAGAGCCGUAUGUAUCUGGGACAGGCGAGAAAACUGUGUCCAGGACUAGUGGCAAUACCGUAUGAUUUUGAAAGCUACGAUGAGGUCUCCAGGACCCUGUAUGACGUCGUAGCAAGUUUCACGUUGGACAUUGAAGCCAUCAGCUGUGACGAGAUGUUUGCGGACGUCACCAAUGUUCUUCAGCAGGCCAGCUGCUCACCAAAUGAAUUUGCUGAAUUUUUGAGAAAAAAGAUUGAGGAGAAGACGCUCUGCACUGCAUCAGUGGGUUUAGGGCCCAACAUGCUAGUAGCUAGGGUUGCCAAUCGGUUUGCCAAGCCAAACGGUCAUCAUUUCGUGGACAGCAGCAACCUUCCGGCAUUCUUUGAGACCGUCAGUGUCAAGGACCUUCCUGGUGUUGGCUACAGGCUGCAGACGCAGCUGUCGGAGAUGGGUGUGGAGACGUGCAAGCAGCUCCAAGCACUGCCACUGGAGACGCUCAAGGCCAAGUUUGGCGUCAAGACAUCAUCUCUCCUGUACAACUAUGCGAGGGGCAUCGACAACCGGAGCCUGCAGUUCGACAAGCUGCGGAAGUCUGUGUCGGCCGAGGUCAACUAUGGGAUUCGCUUCAAAGAGCCUACUGACAUGAUAAAGUUCAUAGGCCAGCUAUCUACCGAAGUUGAGAGGAGACUAUUGGAGGCUGGCGUUCAAGGUCGCACCAUUACAUUGAAAGUCAAGGUGCGACAGAAGGACGCCCCCGUGAACCCAUCCAAGUACAUGGGUCACGGUUUGUGCGACAAUCUGGCCAAGUCUUCCCAUCUGCUGGCGGCGACUGCUAGCAAGGCCAUCAUCUCGAAGGAGUGCUACAGCCUGGCCAUGCAGAUGCACCUCGUCGCUUCUGACAUCCGAGGGGUGGGCAUUCAAGUUGGAAGACUGGAGCCACUGCCCUCGGGGCAGGGCGGUGGUGUGAAGACCAUGCUGGACUUCCUUACGACGAGUAGGACGCCCGAAAGCCAUGGGGCAGCAGGGCCGAGCUCCGGAACGACGAACGGCAUGACGGAGUCGCUACCCAAGGCCGUCAGUCUUCCAGCGUUCUCGGAGAUUGACCCAGCUGUGUUGGACAGCCUACCUCCUGACAUUAAAGAUGAAGUCCUCACCAUGUACAGAGAAAGUCGGCGAAAUCCUUUGCGCUCAAAAGACACAGCAGCUAGCACUAGUGGUGUCGGCAGCACCAAAAGUUCAAACCACAACCAUCGCGGGGCCCCGUCGUCAUCAGCAGCAUCCACGAAACCGAAAGCACAGCCCACGGGAAGGAGAAGAGGUCGGCCACCGAAAGGCAGCAUCAGCCCACAGAAAGCACGUCUCUUGGCAUGCCACUCUCUAAAAGAGUACAUGACUAAGCCUGUACAGACAGCUGUAGAAACGUUUGAGUCCGUUAUUGACUCUGAAAAGAAGAUGGAGCAGGUCAAAGCUUUGCUUCAACAGUGGAUUAACACAACCAAUGAUUCUGUUCUAAAUUCGGAUGUGGUAGCGUGGACGAACGUCCUGUGCAGCAUUGUCCAUGAGAGAAACCUGGAAAUGCUAGACGUUCUACUCAAGUUCUUUCACAGGACCGUCCAGAAAAACGGGGCCCAGCUUUGGCAAGACACGUACAUGAAAGUCGUCAACACUGUGCAAGGCGAAGUCCUUCAAGUGUUUGGGCACUUCAUGAAAGUGCCGAUAUUUUAGAAAAAAAAAAAAAGAGGCAAUUUUACUACUGCUAUACGCGCCGGCUGAGUUGUCUGCAGCCACUUAUUUUUUCUUUUUUUUUUCUUUUCUAGUUUUACACACACACUUUUUGCACUGUUGCAGGCAUUUCAACAAAUGUUGCUGCAAGAACGAAAAAAAAAAUGCUUGUUUUGAAAGGCCUAGUGUGAAAUAGAGAACUUGUUAUAACUUUACAACAAAAAAAAUGUCUAAGCUUUCAUAUGUCUGUCUUUCUUGCUUGUUCUUUUUUUUUUUUUCGCACAGCUCAUCCCCGUUGAGUUUUUAAAAGACAGUGUGUUCUGGAGCGAAAAAAGGCGCUGCUGCUGUUUAAAAACGGGUAUCCUUCAUCACAUUUUUCAAUGCUGGCUGUUGACAGACUGAAUGAAGGUGAAAUGCGUUUUCCUCGAAGCAUUCCAAACGCAUUCUACGUUGCUUGUAUCAUUGAGGCUCAUGUACUGAAUAACCAGUGUUCGAGCCAAAGUAACACUUCCUGCUUACCAUGAGUAGCAUUUUUUCAGUAGUGGAAUUGGAAGCAUUUCCAUGCAAUUAACAUGAGUCUGUGCAAAGCUUUUACUUUAAAGGCCAACUGCAACAAAAUUUCACUUUGUCGAAACUCUUUAUGAGCGAGUCGUUACGAGUCAUACUAACGACACUCGUUCCCUAUGUCAUAUUUUUACAUAAAUAGCGACUUACGGCGCUUGCCUGCACUUCUCACUUUUACUUAGUCUACAUGUAUUAGUGCGUGCAAGUAGUCUUGUCAUGCAAGACGUCACUUUUGGCCUCAGUUCUGAUGGGGCAAUUGCUGGUUUUAAAGGUUCGCAUCACAGCCAUCACAAAAAUUUUCAGGCAAGCUGUAAUCUCUUAGGUUGGACAUACACGUCGCCUGUAAACCAACUCCGGUUGGCGAGAUUCAUUGCGACUAUCGUGUGCUGCACACAUUAGAUGCCCUGUACGCGUGAGCUCAUUAAACUUUUCAUUGAAGUGCCUCUUGCUGAUCAAACGCAUUGAAUUGAAGUGGUAACAUCUUGUCGGAAUUCCAGCAAAUGUGCACGUUGUCGAUUAUGUGACGUCAUACGGGACACAUGUUCUCGGUGGAGCCCGGCAUAUAACACAUUUGUGCUAAAUAAGCACGUCGCAGUAUUGUUCAGUGUGAGUAUUCUAGUAGAUCACUGGAGAUAUGUGGUCAAAACACAGCAGUUUAAAUUUCAAGCUAUACCCAAUGGCACUUUCACACACAUACUCUGGCUCUGCAACUUUGAUUGCAUAGCCAUGAAAAGUUGUCACCGAGUUUAGGUCAUGCUUUUGUCAAGCGUCACGGCCUGAGAGCAUUAAUGGGAGUGUUCUUUUUUUUACCUCGGUUUUGGUAUAAAAAGUUGCAGAAGCACCCAAGUCUUCUUACUUUCAAUGAAUGCAAAAGUCUGGGUGUGGCGACUAUAUCGACGUACAUGCCAUUUUGACAUCCAUGUCAUGUGACAUUAUGACAUGAUGUCAUGAUGACAUCAUGUCACUUUGUUAUGUGAUGACGUCAUGAGUCGCUUUGUCACUUUCAUGGGGUCACUUUGUUACGUGACGAGGUCAUCACUUGGUCACGCAAGUUUUUGUGCUAUCUGGUAGUAAUGCCACUUGCCAGGUGGACGCUGGAUUUUUCACUUUAUGGGGCAUGUAAUGCUUUCACGUUAAAACUGGAUAUUUUUAUGAGCAUUCCAUGACACUCCCACUCAUAUCCGAAAUGUGACAAUUUGCAUGAAGGCUCCUCUAUAGCUGCGCAAUCUGAAACUAGGCUUUUAUGCAGUCUAAAAUUUUGUUGCAGUAGGCCUUCAAGUGCUGCCCAUUGACUAAAAUUUGACUGGAAAGUCGGAAAAUAAGCAAAUCUGCUCCGUAGGUUAGCUGCAUAGAGCCUCGAAUUAGUUUGGCUGGCGGACUUUGAGGGAUUUGUUCUGACGUACGCACGGAACACAGUUAUAGUAUUACCGUAUAACGGAGAGGUGGGAAUGUGUUGUGACGGGUUUUUAAAAAAGGGCCAGCGUGUUUGUAAACAUUUUUGCAGCGUGAAACUUUGGCACUGAAGAGGCCAGGCCACUCAAGACGACGUUACGCCGGAAGAUUGUUGCGACAAAAAGUUUGAUGCAUUAUGAGUUGAUCAAAACGGAUGUCAGACGUUCUUAUGACAUGCUUGGUGUCACUGUAAGCAGCAACACUUCGCAUUUGAGCAAAGUAUUUUUUGUUAGAGCGUGUUAUGGUCAUUGAAAGUGUACGUUGUGCAGUGCCCGGUGGUGAAAUUUUUCUGUUUGUCCUGAGUGUUUUUUUAAAGCUCGGUACAUUAUUUACAUUUUUUUUUAUCAAUAACCUCGUUCACUUGUGCCGAGGAGUUAUGUAUCCUGCUGUCUCUGCAGGAUGACACGUCACAGAGCUCAACGUCACGAGUGCUUGUUGUUUGAAGAGUUUGGUUUAAAGGAAUUCUACGACUUCAGGAGGCUUUUUUUUAUGCUUUGUCCUCAUAGUAAUAAGUUACGUGCAUGGCGUUAUAUUUAUUCAUAUAUACAUUAUUUAUGUAUAUUACUGCUUGGACACUGUUAAAAACCAGUUUAACGCACUUGUGAAGUAUGUAUGAAACACUUUCUUGUCCUUAUAAAAAUAAAACGAUUUUCCAAUUUA